CGUUUAUGUAAUCAAACUUCAAAUUCCCAAAUCCCUAAUAUUCUUCAUUCUCCACUCUCUUCGGUAAAACUCAGUGAGUUACAAUGGUUGAAUCGCUCUUUGAAGAUAUUUUCAGAGUUGAGAAAUUGAAUCCAGAUGACAAAAAGUUGUUCGAAAAAGUUAAUCGCAUUGAAGCAAGAAGUGAAAGGUUUGAUAUGUUUAUGCACUUAGACAUCAAUUCUGAGCUGUAUCCGUUGAAAGAGGGACAGAAGUUUUUUCUCAAGGUUGUUUCAACACUCAACCCUGAUGGUACCCCUGAUACUGGCUACUAUAAUCCGGGAAAUCGCCAAUCUUUGGCUGAUACCUUUGAAUAUGUCAUGUAUGGAAAGCUCUACAGAGUAACCGAGAGCACUGGGCGUGAAAAAGCAGAGUUGCUUAUUUCAUUUGGUGGGCUUCUGAUGAUGAUGAAGGGAGAUCACUCUCAUUUCAACAAGUUUGAGCUUGAUCAAAGGUUGUAUCUUCUGAUUAGGAAAGUUUGAAGAUCAAGUUAAAACGUUUCUAACAUCAAUGUUUGGAAGGUUUGUUUACUGUUUGUAAUACUAAUGCGAAGUCUCUGAGAUCUGAUGAUGUUUUAAAAACAAAUAGUUGGACCUUGAAGUAACUUUUGGCAGAAAUUAUCCAAACAAAAUGUAAUUUGGCGCUUAAAGUUUGAUUUCAGACCAAGGAUUGUAGCAUGAUUAACCAUCUAUUUUGGACUAGUUUCUAGUAAAUAUGUUUUGGUUAAAAUAAAUUUCUGCUAGGGUCAUUCUUCUAAUGGAUGAUGCUGUACAAAGCAAUUAAGAACACA